AUGUCAUUCCGCAACAACCGUUAUGCUCCUGCUGCUGAGCGCGCAGGCGUUAUUCCAGUCGGGUUCAAAUUCAAAUGCCGCCACUGCAAUAUUUUCAAGACCAAGGAUUGCUUCUCGAAGAAAGAGAUUUCUUCGUACGCAAAUCAAUAUGCUCAAAAUCCGGGUAUGAAACUCGAUCCUAUAAAAUCACUUCUACGAUGUAUGGGUUGCAAGGGCGGACAAGCAUCUGAGCGCCAGUGCGAGGGGCCAUGCUCUAAGUGGAAAUCUUUGGACCAGUUUAGCAAGGCUCAGAGAUCUAGGGGCAACGGGUGGUGCAUGGAAUGUGUUCAAUGGAAGGAAGGUCAUCAUCCCGAGGUCAAUACUACACCUGCUCCUGGCACCGAGCUAGAGCAGCUUGAUACAACAGGUGAUGCACCCGAGCCCACAACAGGUUCUUCUUAUGCUGCGAGCAUGGCGAGUUUGUCCCUUGGCAACACUCCAAACGGUUCCCAGCUUCUGCGAGCAGCUGCUGGCAGUCAGAUUGAGAACCGCUCGCAAUCAUCUAUGAGUAACGCCUAUGAAGGUGCUCGUACAGCUAGUUCCGACGUAUGGUCUACUCGCGACUCAAGACGUCGUGCAGGUCCUGCCAUACAGUACAAUGCAUAUGAUGCCAAUGGAGUACGCCAUUCUCAAGAAAAGGCAAUGACCUUGACUUCUCGAGCUACUUCGGCUGUUGGUGCAUCCAGCGCAACUUCUGUUGCCAGCGAUCCUGCUCUUGCUACUCGUCCAGUCACUCAAAGUCCAGCCGCCACUGCUUCUCGCUCUUCACAAGUCACAGCUCCUCGCGUGGUUGUUAACCAAUCCACUGGUUGGGCUAAGCCUAUCGGCACUCGUACUGCACAACCAGCCAAUCCAAGUGCUCUCACUGCAUGGGCUCCAGAGUCGAAUGAGGGUUACCGCAGAUCGGCCUACGACUCCAGCGAUGACGAAAUGUGA